AUGGAGCUGAUGGCGAUCUGUCGAGGGAUUGAAACGGCUAAGUCCAUGGGUCUUACUCAAGUUCAAAUCUGUUCUGACUCCUUGAUCGCGAUUGAGGCGAUCCUUGAUAAUUUUAAAAUCCCCUGGUUCGCAAUUGGAAUAGUUGAAGAGAUUCGUGAUUUAAGGGACUCCUUUCCCUGCUGCUCCUUUAUGCAUCAUGUUCGCGAAUUGAACUCUUGUGCUGAUUUUCUUGCUGGCCUUCUAAGUACCCCCAAUGAGAUUCAAUUAGAUGUCCAUAGUCUUCCCGAUGAGCUAAUAUCCCUUGUAAGGGAUGAUGCCAUAGGGGAAAUUUUCUACAUAAUGUAA